UGCGAACAAUUCUUAGCUAAUGGAUGGGUGGUCCUAGUAGAGGACGAAACAACACAACCACACUCCCCUCACCAACACAUCCGUUAAUUGACUGUAAACCUAUAAGCUGAAAAUAUUUUGGCAUCCUCCGAGAAAGUGGGAAGUUCUGAUUUGAGCAUUACAAUUUCUUUACAUCUGAAAAACUAUACUAUAUGACCGCUUUGCUCUCUUUCCCAACUGUUCCUUCCUAUGUACUACCUACUAAACCAUUUCCAAGAAAUAAUCUUUCAACACUAGUUCCUCGAAUGUCCUUGUCUUCCUCAACUUCUAACCAACAGAUUAGCAACAAAUGUGCAUUGCCAGUUGAUGCUCCAUUGAAAGCAAUAUUAUUUGACAUUGAUGGAACGUUAUGUGAUUCGGAUCCUAUCCACUACUAUGCCUUCCGAGAGAUGCUUCAAGAGAUAGGUUUCAAUGGUGGAGCACCCAUAAGUGAGGAGUUCUUCAUAAAGAAUAUUAGCGGUAUGCAUAAUGAUGAGCUCUGUCACGUCCUUUUCCCGGAUUGGGAUUUCCAAAGAGCUAUCAAAUUUAUGGAUGAUAAGGAAGACAUGUUCCGAAAAAUUGCAUCAGAACAGCUAAAACCAUUGGACGGCCUUGAGGAGGUAUGCAAAUGGAUUGAAGACCGCGGUCUGAAACGAGCAGCAGUGACUAAUGCUCCAAGAGCGAAUGCUGAGCUGAUAAUCUCAAUGCUAGGCCUUGCAGAUUUCUUUGAACUACUUGUCAUUGGAAGCGAAUGUGAACGAGCAAAACCUUUUCCUGACCCUUACUUGAAGGCACUUCACGAACUUGGAGUAUCUCCUAAGCACGCAUUCGUGUUUGAGGAUUCUAUCUCUGGAAUAAAAGCUGGAGUAGCUGCUGGUAUGCCGGUCGUAGGUUUAGGUCUAAGGAACCCCGAAAAAUUACUGUCAGAGGCUGGUGCAACAUUUGUUAUCAAGGAUUUCAAGGACUCGAAGUUAUGGACAGCUCUAGAAGAGUUGGAAACAGAAAAGGAUGCAGAAAAAAUGAAAACUUGAGUUGGACGCAGAGUGAUGUAGAAUGUUGUAUCACCAUAAAUUGUUCUUUGAUUGAACAUCUAUAUGAAGUUCAAUGUGUUCUGUUACAUGUCCACCUUUAUUCAUCACCUCAUGCUGAAGUUUGCAUGAUAAGAGUAGUAUUUGUUUAUUUUAGUUGAGUUGUCUUUAUAGCGAAGUUCAAUGAUUUAAGUUA